AUGUAUAAACUAACUGAGGAACAACGUUGGUACAUCAUCAUUGAGUGGAAAAAAGGAUCUUUAAAUGUCCCAGAAGUCGUACGCUCUUUCAAUUGUCAUCGUAGUGCAGUAUAUCGCGUUAUUGAUUAUUAUCGUCGACAUAAUGAUGUGAAUUAUACUGAUAGAUAUAAUGCUGGACGUCCACCUGCGCUCAAUCCAACACAAAUUGAACAACUUGAUCGAAUUAUGCAACAAAACAGAUCAGUUACUGCCGCUGAAUUACUAUCAUUAACACACUUUAACACUACUGAACGCACAAUAAGACGUUAUCGUUUUGCUCUUGGAUAUCGUCCUCGCAAGUCUGUUAUAAAAGUCAAGAUAAACAAUUCAAAUGAACAUAGACGAUAUCAAUUUGCUACAGCACAUCAUCAUGCUGACAUCAAAAAGUAUAUUUUUGAAGACGAAUGCUAUAUUGGUUUAAGAAAUACACAACAGAUCGUUUGGUGCAAACAAGGAGAACCAACACCGAAGAAGACAAUUUCAUCUUUACGAGCUCAUAUUAAUUUAAUUGGUUUCAUUUGGUGGGAUGCUUAUAUCUUUUAUCGAUUUAAUCAAUGGCUAAAUAGUGAUUCAUAUUGCGAAACAGUUGAUCUACUUUUAUCUGAACAUUUACCACAGUUAAAUGGAUACUUAUAUGUUUCUGAUGGUAUUAAAUGGCACAGAAGUGCUCAGUUUAAACAAUGGUGCCAUCAAUACGAUAUUGAAUUAUGUGAAUGGCCAGGUUUAGUGGCGGAACCAGGAUUUUUUGGUAUGCUGUAG